AUGAUAUUAACAAAACUUUUUUUUUUAAUCUACUUUAAGACUACGGCUGCUCGUCCUACAUUUGAUCCUGCUAGAGGUAAUGACAGCAAGGCUCCUAGUUUCCAAUAUAGUGCUCGUGAUAUUGCUUCUCAUACAAAACUCAAAUUCAGACAACCUGGACAAGGUACAGCUGCAGAAAUUGGAGAUCGUGAACGAUUGAAAGAAGAAUUACGACAAGCAGAACAAGAAUAUUAUCAAUCUCAAGGCAAAAAUGGUCCAGCUUCUGAUCGUUUAUUGACUGGCAAUGAUGGAGGUGGAGAAACAAAACGGCAACGACUACUAGCUGAAGCAGAAAAGAUGGCAGCAUUGGAUAAGGAAGAAAGUGAUGAUGAUGAUGAUGAUGAUGAUGACGAUAGUGAUGAUAGUGACGACGAAGAUGAAAGUGAUGAUGAUGAAAAUACAGCAGAAUUAUUGGCCACAUUACAACGAAUCCGAAAAGAACGUGCGGAAGAAAAGGAACGACAGGAACGUGAAAAAUUGGAACAAGAAGCAGCUGAACGUGAUGAACAAGCUAUGACAGGGAAUCCAUUAUUACAGAUUGGAGAACAACAACGUGACUUCAGUGUCAAACGAAGAUGGGAUGACGAUGUGAUCUUCAAGAAUCAAGCUCGAGGAACCGAUGAAAAACCAAACAAACGUUUUGUUAAUGAUAUGUUACGUUCUGAUUUCCAUAGACGAUUCCUUCACAAAUAUAUUCAAUAA